AUAAACGUUUUCUUGCUUAGAGAUGAAAUAAAAUAUGUUAUUCACGACAAAACGACAAAUGUUCUAUUUAUUUUAUGAUUUUACAAUCAUUUUAGGUAAAAACAACAUGGACUACAGCUAGCCAGUGGAAUAACACUUUAAUUCACUGAUAAAACGCGGUAUUCCACUACUGAUCAUAAAAUAAAUGUAUAUAGUAUAUGGUAAUUUAUGUUACAUUGUCUAAUAAAUAUUUCGAUCUUUCCACAGAUGACAUAAAAUACACGACCACACACAAUAAUGUUAUGGGUUACCCCGCUGUAGUUACCGGAAUUCACUUGAAAACUACGACAUACUAUACGUGUACACCGUAGUAUACGAUACGUGUACACCGUAGUAUAAGAUACGUGUACAUUGGUAGCAUGGCUUACCUUAGACAAUCUCUAUGAAUAACAAUAAUAUGUAUCACUUGAUGUACCUCCAAGAUAACAGGAUGGGCAGGUAAAGGGAAUAGAGGAAUAUUGGCCAAAAAAGUUAAACUCCAACUAAGUAAAUUUUCACAAUCACAAUGAAACGAUACACCACAACAAUCGCACAAGAUACUUUUAGUCUUUUCACAAUCUCGCCCUACUGGAGUAUUUAUUCCAAGUUUAAUCUUUCUACGAGUAGCCAUGACUUUUGAUGAAAAUAUGAAAGACAAUAAUUUGUAAAGAUUAUAGAAAUAAUUGCAAGUGAGAUGUACUAAAUGCAAGGGACCCAUUUACAAUGUGCAUCAUUUUAUGCCUAGGAGUAGGUCACAGACCGACGUUGCCAUGCUUGUCUGUAUUUUGUGUGGAAUGUGGUGAUUUCCUGCCUCUGAUUAGAGACAAUCAACAAACGGCCCUAUCAACAUACAGGUUGAACAUAAAUCUAAACUUCAUAUCCACGGCAGAUUAAUUAUUAAAAUAACUACCGUACUGAACACGUCAACACAUCAGGUGUUCAUUUAAGGAAUAAUCUUUUUAAAACUUUAUUUGAUUGGCUUGUUAUUACCGAGUUAAUUUUCGAAUAAACUUGGCUCAUCUACACUGAGAACGUUUUGCUCCACAUUCGAGAAAUGUUUGAUUUGACAUGGGAUAAUGCUGCGUUCUAAUCAUAUUGUCUUUCCCGAGUUGACCAUCUGGAAAUAUCGUUUUAACCGCCUCGCUAGACAUAUUAAUCAUCCAGUUCAUGAUUUGUUUUUAUGGUAUUUUUAUACGCCCACAUUUUCAUGUGGACGUAUAUUGUUGUUGCCCCUGUCCUCCGUCCGUCCGUCCACAAUUGUUUGUGAACAGUCUACAGGUCACAAUUUUUAUCCAAUUUCAAUGAAACUUGAAAUAUAGGUUUAUCACCCUAAGAUAGGGGUUCCUUUCGAUAUUGGCAUGUAUCGGACUGUAACUUCAUGGAUUAUGGCCACUGAUUCUACGAAAAAUCACGUUUUUAGCUUGUGAACACUGUAGAGGUCACAAUUUUUAUCCGAUUUGGUUUAAACUUGAAAUGUAUGCUUAUAACCCAAAGAUCACGGUUCCUUAUACCACCGUUAAACCCUAAGGAUGGCUGACAGACAAGAUGGCCGCCGUUCGUUCUCAAAUGGCGUAAAAAUAUGGUAUAUCAAGGUUGUGGACCCUAUAGAGGUCACAAUUUUUAUCCGAUUUUGUUGAAAAUUGAAAUGUAAGUUUUUAACCCAAAGAUCUCGGGUCCUUUCGAUAUUCGCGCAUAUCGGACAAUAACUUCCUGAAUUAUGGCCCCUGAUUGUACGAAAAAUAGCGUUAUUAGCUUGUGGACCCUAUAGAGGUCAUAAUUUUUAUCCGAUUCAAAAAAACGUAUUAUCAUAUGACCGUUAAACCCUAAGGACGGCUGAGUUAAAAUUUCGUGAAAAUCGACCCAAAACUGACAGGCAAAAUGGCCGCCCCUCGUUCUCAAAUAGCGUAAAAAAGGUUGUGGACCCUAUAGAGGUCACAAUUUUUAUCAGAUUUUGUUGAAACUUGAAAUGUAAGUUUAUAACCCAAAGAUCUCGGUUCCUUUCGAUAUUCGCGCAUAUCGGAACGUAACUUCCUGAAUUAUGGCCCCUGAUUGUACGAAAAAUCGCGAUUUUAGCUUGUGGACCCUAUAGAGGUCAUAAUUUUUAUCUGAUUUAAAAAAACGUAUUAUUAUAUCACCGUUGCACCCUAAGGAAGGCUGAGUUCGAAUUUCGUGAACAUUGGCCCAAAACUGACAGACAAAAUGGCCGCCCCUCGUUCUCAAAUAGCGUAAAAAUAUGGUAUAUCAAGGUUGUGGACCCUAUAGAGGUCCCAAUUUUUAUCCGAUUUUGUUGAAACUUGAAAUGUAAGUUUAUAACCCAAUGAUCUUGGUUCCUGUCGAUAUUUGCGCAUAUUGAAUUGUUAUUUCCUGAAUUAUGGCCCUUGAUUGUAGGAAAAAUCACUUUCUUUUUAGCUUGUUCUCUAUCCAUCUCUCGAAAAUGUGGGCGUAUCCUGCCUGGCAGCAGCUGUUUUUUUAUUUCUUUCAAUUUCUUACAACAGAUACAUUCUAGUAUUAAUAUUAAUGCAAAAUAUAUGUAAAUACAAUUGUUUUAAAGUAAUUUAUUAUUAAUGCAAACUAUUGGUAAAUAAUAGGAAUUCCCAUAUUUUGAAAGUGAAUUCCAGUGUUUAUAUGUUUUCUAAGUGAAUUCCGGUGAUUUUCAGUGUUUUAAAGUAAUUUAUUAUUAAUGUAAAAUAUUAGUAAUUAGGGAGGUCUUAAGUGCAAAUUCUGAUAUAUGUUUUUGAUGUAAUUCCGGUGAUUUUAGGUGUUUUUAUUAUUAAUGCAAAUAGGUAUUAGUAUAGCGCUCUUGAGAAACUAGUUUGUUGGAUAUUCAGCGUUUUAUAAAUAGAUUUCCAAUAUUUUGAAAGUGAAUUCUAGUGCUUAUAUGUUUUCAAGGUGAAAGUUAGGAUUUUCGCUGAUUUUAAGUAAUUCAAUAUUAAUAUUAAUGUAAAAUAUAAGUAAAUAGGUAACAUGGUAUAGAUGUAAUUCAAAAAUAUGAAUAAUGUGUACAGUUUGCGUAUACGUCUAGGGGUCUUUGAUUAGCAGUGUGGAGAAACCAGAGAAAUCCAACAAACCUAAUCUUUGAAUGAAUGAACAUAAUGUAACACAGUUCUAUGGAUAGAGACAAGUGAAAUCUUGUCGGAAUGUCAAGAUUAUAUGAUAUAGUGAUUGUUAUCACGUGUUGUGUUAGUUAAACCCAACAAAGUUGGGCAGGUGACCAUACUCCUUGUCACGUAGAAGCUUGGGAUUGAAGCCAUGCCACUUGUUUCAGUGACAGACCUUAUAAUGACAUAUUAAUUAUUUUUUUUGAAUUAUAACUACAAGUAUUGGAGAUAUGAAUCUAGAGAAAGCUCAUGAUGUCAGAGAAGUAGAUACAGCUGCUGCUGGACGUGGUGUAUGGCUUGUUAAAGUACCUAAAUAUCUGUCAGAAAUAUGGAGGGAAUCAACUCCAAACUCUGAUGUUGGAAAACUCAAAAUUACUAGAUCUAAAUUACCCGGUCAGAAGCCAGAAGUAAUAUUUACAGCUAAGGAUACUGGCAACGAUAUACCAAAAGAUCAUAAGUUUGUUUUAACUGGAGUGGGAACACAGAAUCUAGUUGUUUUCUCAAAGACACCUAUAUUUGGAGAAAAUUCUACAACUGGUACCAAGGAGUUGGUCUCAGAGAAAAUUGCUGUUGAUGGAAAAGUUAUACAAAGGGCAGAAUGCCGACCUAUAGCAGAUGAAAAAUACAAGAAAUUAAAACGAUUUCAUUUAGAACAAGGUAAUAAGCCCAAGAGAGAAAUAAAACAGUUAGAUCGUAUUGUACAAGUUUAUAAACCUAAAGAUUACGUCUCCAGUUUCGAAGAAAAUAGAAAGAAAAAAUCUGACUCAAAGAGAUCAAGAGCUGAUAAAGAUAAAGUUAUGGAUAUGCUGUUUUCUGCGUUUGAGAAACACCAAUAUUACAAUGUACAAGAUUUAGUCAGAAUAACCAAUCAACCUAUACCUUAUGUAAAGGAAAUAUUGAAAGAAAUUUGUACAUACAACAUGCGAGCUCCACACAAAAAUAUGUGGGAAUUAAAACCUGAAUAUAGACAUUAUAAACAGACCUGAUUUAAAACGAACUUUAAAAGUGAAGUGUCAGCAAUAUCUUAGGCUUUAGUUCUAAUCUAAAAUAUUAUGAAAAAUCACAAAUUCCUUAUAAGGGGUUUAUGAGAAAUAUUAUAUUUUCUUCCCUUAUGAACAUGUAACUUUAGAGAGUGUUUAAUAGGGACACAACCGAAUCUGACCUACCUUAUCUAUAUUCAAGAUGUUUCAAGUUAGAAUGUUUGUAUUUGCCAUCUUGUGAUUUCAGAGUUAUACAUUAUAUUUAUAAUAUAGUGCAGGCUUGGACCUUGGAUUUCAAAUUUGACCGGAUAGAAAAUAAAGAGAAGACAUUUGUUUCUAUCAAACAUGAAUGUCAACUCGUUGCUUGUAUGCUUAAAAUUGGGAUAUCCAUUAAUUAAUUAUUCAGUGAAUAAUGUUGGAUAUAUAUGUUAAUGGUGAUUAUCAGUAGAUUAUAUUUACUAUCUUUUAAAAAAUAGGUAAACAUAAAAAGACUGUUUUACUCAUACUUAACAGUAAUACUGUUCUAUAUUAUUUUUAUACGCCCACAUUUUCAUGUGGAUGUAUAUCGUCAUCGCCCCUGUCCGUCCGUCCACAAUUGUUUGUGGACACUCUAUAGGUCACAAUUUUUAUCUGAUUUCAACGAAACUUGAAAUAUAGGUUUAUCUCCCUAAGAUCUUGGUUCCUUUCGAUAUUGGCAAUGUACGAAAAAUCACAUUUUUAGCUUGUAGACCCGAUAGAGGUCAAAAUUUUUUAUCUGAUUUUGUUGAAAUUUGAAAUGUAAGUUUAUAACCCAAAGAAGUUGGUUCCUGAUUGUAUGAAAAAUGACGUUUAUUAACUUGUGGACACUAUGGAAGUCACAAUUAUAUUCCGAUUUAAAAAAAACGUUUGAAUAUAUCACCAUUACACCUUAAUGACGAUUGAGUUCGAAUUUCGUGAAAAUCGGACCAAAGCUUCCGGACAAAAAUGGCCGUCCCUCGAACGCAAACAGUGUAAAAAUAUGAUAUAUCAAGGUUGUGGACCCUCUAGAGCUCACUUUUGAUCCGAUUUUCAUGAAACUUGAAAUACAUGUUUAUAACCCAAAGAUCUUGGUUCCUUUCGAUAUUUGCGCAUAUCGGAUCGUAAGUUUCUGAAUUAUGGCCCUUGACUGUACGAAAGAUCACGUUUUUAGCUUGUGGUCCCUCUAGAGGUCACAAUUAUUAUCUGAUUUAAAAAAAAACGUGUGAAUAUAUCACCGUUACACCGUAAUGAUGGUCGAGUUUGAAUUUCAUGAAAAUCGGACCAAAACUGACGGACAAAAUGGCCACCUCUCGUAUAACGCAAAUGGUGUAAAUAUGUGGUAUAUCAAGGUUGUAGACCCUCUAGAGGCCACAAUUUUUUCCGAUUUUGAUGCAACCAUAAAUUUAUGCUUAUAUCACAAAGGUCUUGGUUCCUUUCGAUAUUCGCGCGUAUCGGAUUGUAACUUCCUGAAUUAUGGCCCUUGAUCGUAUGAAAAAUUGCAUUUUAAGCUUGUGGUCCCUCUAGAGUUACCAAUUUUUAUCCAAUUUAAAAAAAACGUUUGAAUGCAUCACCGUUACACACUAAUGAUGGUUAAGUUCUAAUUUCUUGAAAGUCGGACCAAAACUGACGGACAAAAUGGCCGCCCCUUGUACGCUAAUAGUGUAAAAAAUAUGGUAUAUCAAGGUUGUGGACUCGCAAGACGUCACAAUUUUCACCCGAUUUUGAUGAAACUUGAAAUGCAUGUUUAUAACCCGAAGAUCCUGGUUCCUUUCGAUAUUUUUGCAUAUCGGAUUGUAACUUCCUGAAUUAUGACCCCCGAUUGUACGAAAAAUCACGUUUCUAGCUUGUGGUCCCUCAAGAGGUCACAAUUAUUAUCUGAUUUUAAACAAAACGUUUGAAUAUGUCACCGUUACACCCUUGUCGACCGCUCGGACGAUUUAGCUGCGUAUGUUUUGUUUUCCUGGCAACCUAUCUUUGUUUAGCUUGUUCUCUAUCCAUCUCUUGAAAAAUAUGGGCUUAUCCUGCCUGGCAUCCGCUGUUUAAAAGUCAGGCAAUCAGAAGAGGUAUCAAAAUUGUCAUUUUACAUAUCUUUUGUUUUUAAAAUGUUAAUCGUAAUCCAUGUUUGGUGAAUUGAACCAGCAGAGACCAUUGUGAACAUUUCUUGUAAAUUUGUUUUAUUUUAUUAAAAUAAGAAAAAAUG